AUGAGAGGCUGGAGGCGGCGCAGGAACUUUGCCUUGGUGGUCCUCGCCCUCCGCCUCUGGUGCCUGGCCACGGGGUCUGCUGACAGCUCACAGGAAGGUGAACAUGCUGAGUAGGGCCGUGGGAGUAGUCCAAACCAGGCCGAACAGGGAGGGGAGGCAAACAAACAGGAACGCCGUGGGACCACCGUGCCGCUGCUGCUGAAGGGGAAGGAGCGCAGACCUCUCAGCCAGCUUACACCCGGGAGUUUUCCUGCGUCACUACAGCUGCUGGUACGUGCCGAAGGUGAACAGCUGAUCCUGUUUCUGGACAAAAAUGAGGGUCUUUUUGCGAGCCAUUACACGGAGACACAUUACCGAGACGAUGGAAGUGCAGUCACCGGUGCUCACAACUUCACGAAUAACUGCUACUACCACGGGGAGGUGCAGGCCCACCCGAACUCUGACGUCACCCUCAGCACCUGCUCGGGCCUUCGAGGCUUCAUCGCACUUGAAAACAAGACAUUCAUCAUUGAGCCGGCGUCUGGCCAAAGUGACGGUUCCCACUUCAUCUACCGAGUGGAAGAACUCCGACUCACCCCGGGAGCCUGCGGCCACGGCUUCAACAUGUCGUCUGUUGCUCCUGAAAACCACAUCAAGAGCCCCUUCCAGUCCUUCCACACCAGGCAUAAAAGACACGCUCAGAAGACGACAAAGUACGUGGAGCUGAUCAUUGUUGCAGACAACAGAGAGUUUCAGAAACAGGGGAAGGACGUGGACAAGGUGAAACAGAGACUGGCAGAGAUUGCCAAUUAUGUGGACAAGUUCUACAGAGCCCUGAACAUCCGGGUGGCCCUGGUGGGCCUGGAGGUGUGGAGUGACUCUGAUAAAUGCCCCGUCACCCAGGACCCCUUCAACACGCUGCACGAGUUCCUGGACUGGAGGAAAGUCAAGCUGCUGCCCCAGAAGCCACAUGACAACGCUCAGCUCAUAAGCGGCGUUUACUUCCAGGGCACCACCAUCGGCAUGGCCCCCAUCAUGAGCAUGUGCACGGCCGAGCAGUCUGGAGGCAUUGUCAUGGAUCACUCUGAGAACCCACUGGGUGCAGCCGUGACUUUGGCACACGAGCUGGGACAUAAUUUUGGCAUGAACCACGACACCCCGGAGCGCGGCUGUGGCUGCAGGAUGACAGUGGAUCGAGGAGGCUGCAUCAUGACUCCCUCCACAGGGUAUCCCUUCCCCACCGUGUUCAGCACCUGCAGUAAGAAGGACCUGGCUGCCAGUCUGGAGAAAGGCGUGGGAAUGUGUUUGUACAACAUGCCGGAGGUCAAGGUUCUCUACGGCGGACAGAAGUGCGGCAACGGCUACGUGGAGGAGGGAGAGGAGUGUGACUGCGGGGAGCCAGAGGAAUGCAUGAACCCAUGCUGCAACGCCACCACGUGCACCCUGAAGGGAGACGCCGUGUGCGCCCACGGACAAUGCUGCGACGACUGCCAGCUCAAAAAGGCUGGCACUCUGUGUCGAGACUCCAGCAACUCCUGUGACCUGCCUGAGUUCUGCACCGGAGCCAACCCUCACUGCCCCGCCAACGUGUACCUGCACGACGGACACGCCUGCCACAACGUGGAAGGCUACUGCUACAAUGGCAUCUGCCAGACUCAUGAGCAGCAGUGCAUCACCCUGUGGGGUCCAGGUGCUAAGCCGGCCCCUGGGAUCUGCUUCCAGCGAGUCAACUCGGCAGGGGAUCCUUACGGGAACUGCGGGAAGGAUUCCAAGGGCUCCUUUGCCAAAUGUGACGCGAGGGAUGCAAAGUGCGGUAAGAUCCAGUGUCAGGGAGGAGCCAAUCGGCCGGUGAUCGGAACCAACGCUGUUUCCAUAGAGACCAACAUCCCGCUGCAAGAAGGAGGACGGAUCCUGUGUCGAGGGACUCACGUCUACCUGGGGGACGACAUGCCCGACCCUGGACUGGUCCUUGCUGGGACAAAGUGUGGAGACGGCAUGGUGUGCCUGAACCGGCAGUGUCAGAACGUCAGCGUCUUCGGCGUGCACGAGUGCUCCGGCAAGUGCAGCGGACGUGGGGUGUGCAACAACAAGAAGAACUGCCACUGUGAAGCUCACUGGGCUCCUCCGCUCUGUGAGAACGGCGGUUUCGGCGGCAGCAUCGACAGCGGGCCAAUGAGAGUGGCAGCCGACAGCGUGGUAGUUACCGUGGCAAUCCUGGUCACCCUGGUCAGCCUCCUGGUGGCCACCGCGAUCAUCUUCGUGAAGAGGAAGACUCUGCUGCGGCUCCUCUUCGCCAACAAGAAGAGCACCUUGGAGAAACUCAGAUCUGUGGAAUCAAACAGGCCGACCAGUCCCAUCAGGACUCAGUCGGUGUACCGACCCACGCCUCAACGCAAACCUCCAGCCAAGCCCUGUGGAGCCAGCGUUUAUAAAGCUUCUCUCCUGAGCUCGGAGCCGCUUCUCCCUCCGCACAACUUCCACUCCCACAGCCUGCGCCGGCUGCCCCUCUACCAGCCGCUGCACAUCAGCCAUCCCAUGCCGGUGUCCCUGAGCGUGGGCCAGCCCACCCUGCCCCCCCUGCCGGUCCUCCACCGGGUCCUGCCCCCCCACACGGCCCUGUCGCCGCCUCGAGUGCCGCCGUUUCUCAGCCUGCCUCGCCAGCAGCCCACCUACAGAGCAGAGCAGGACUAUGAGAAGCCCCGCCCACCUCAGAAACCUCUCCCUGCAGACCCACUAGGGAGGAGCUCCCGGCUGGGUCACAGUGGGGGGGUGCACAUCCUGGGCACCGGACCCCGCCCCAUACCCAUCCCCACUGUGCCCAGGCCUCCACCGACCAUCCCUUUACCCAACAGACCUGUGCCGCUGUUGCCCUACAGACCACCAAAGACUAACAGGGACUGCUGAGCUCCGGACGUCACGGGGACGAGUGGAUCAACUCUCCUCACGUGGAGACUUUUCUCGAUUUGCACUAAUCACUGAGACUCUGUUUGGACGUUUGGGACUUUCGGACCUGUCCCGGAGUUUCU